UAUACCUUGGUCAUUACUGUCCGGGCUUGCAUGGUGUAUUGUCGUGCACGAAGGAUUAAAUUAUUAAAUUGAAGUGAUAUUUUUCUUAUGCAUGAUGUUUAAUUAAUGGUUUUUGGAUAAUUAUGCAUUAAUUUUACACAAGUGUAAGAAUGGAUCAAUUAGCUCAAAUUGAACUACAAGCAGGCAACAUGAAAGAAGAUUUUCCUGAAGAGUGUCCGCCUCCUACAGAACGCGAUAAAAAGACUUUGCAUUGGCUGAGUGGCGUUAAAGAGUGUUUCUCCACAUUUUGGUCACUAUUCAAACGACAGAGCCUCACAGAACCGCGAGAGAACGAAUGGGAAGUUGCGUUCGAUUCGCUCGCGGAUCUGAUAUAUCUUGGAUCAGGUGCGCAAGGGGUCGUAUUUAGUGGAACACUUAAGGGUGAAAUGGUAGCAGUAAAGAAGUUACGGGAUAAAAGGGAAGCUAAUAUCAAGCACUUAAGAGAACUAAACCAUGAAAACAUAGUACGAUUCCGUGGAGUCUGCACAGUGGCUCCAUAUUACUGUAUCAUUAUGGAGUACUGUCAAUAUGGGCCACUCUUUGAUUUUCUACACAGUGGGGCUACUUUCACACCUAAGCAAAUCAUUAAGUGGUCUAGAGAUAUUGCACUUGGCAUGAGCUAUCUCCAUUCACAUAAAAUUAUACACAGAGAUCUUAAGAGUCCUAAUAUCUUGAUUGCAGAUAACCUCACAGUUAAAGUAAGCGAUUUCGGUACUAGUCGCGAAUGGAACAACGUUAGUGCGAUCAUGAGUUUUACCGGCACGGUGGCCUGGAUGGCUCCAGAAGUCAUACGACAUGAGCCAUGCUCUGAAAGAGUAGAUAUAUGGUCUUACGGUGUUGUUCUGUGGGAACUUUUAACUCAGGAAGUCCCAUACAAAACACUAGAGGCACAUGCUAUUAUGUGGGGAGUGGGCACAGAUACCAUUGCUCUGCCUAUACCGACAACUUGUCCUAGCAGCUUACAACUGUUACUAAACCAGUGCUGGAAUCGCACGCCUCGUAACAGACCCCCAUUUAAGAUUAUAGCGGCUCAUUUGGAUAUGGCAGGGGAAGAACUUUGCUGCAUGGAUGUUAAAACAUUUAAUAGAACACAGGCUUUAUGGCGUCAACAAGUAUAUAGCAGCAUGGAAAGGCUGUAUGCUAAGAACGAGAUGACAGCUCCAGACGUGAUCGCAGAGCGCCGUGAACAUUUAAGGCAUGCCCGUGACGUUCGUUACGUAUACGAGCAACAGCUAUCCCGCGCCAACGAGCUCUACAUGGAAGUGUGCGCUAUUCGCCUGCAACUGGAACAACGUGAAAGUGUGAUCGAAGAACGUGAGAACGCUUUGAAGGAAUGCCGCUGCGGAGUGCGCAAGACCUUCAGAUAUUUCAGCCGCCGAACCUCUACAUCUUCGGAUGGCCUGAAGACUCUGAAGGCUCUUACUGAAAGACAUUUGCGUAAACAGCACUCCCCUCUGAAGUACAAUAACAAUGUGGCACAGCUCCUUGUAAACUUAAUUGACAGUAAGUGCUUAGAUAUUGAGACACUCCAGCUGAAAAUUCCUGGAGUCCAGCAACAAGAACGCUUGUCCAAUAACGAGAGGGUGUCCAACAACGAGAGGGUGUCCAACAACGAGAGUGUGACCAACAACGAGAAUGUGACCAACAACGAGAAUGUGACCAACAACGAGAGCGUGCAGAAUAACAACGUGAUUGAUAAGAGCAUCUUAAAUGAAGUCAUUGUUGAGGAUAACGGAAACGUCACCGUAAAUAAUUUGGAGUCCAUUCGAGACGUGACCCAGAACGACAACUACGUUGGUCGUAAUCCCGCUAAUGUUUAAAUGCAAUCUAUGGAAACGGAAUCUAUGAUUGUUCAUAUAAUCUCAUUUUACAUUUUUACAAUUCAUUUUUUUUUUAUAUUAUUUACUUACUUUGACUUAAGAGAGUAACGGCAAGGGGAGGAUCGCAUUUACUUUAUAACUAUAGUUCAGGAAUAAAUCUUUAUUUUAAUAAUUUAUAUGGUAGGUUCGUAUAGCCGGACUAAACGUAAUAAAAUCUCUGGUUAUAUUUAAACAAUAUUUUGGGAUUUGUUUUAACUUUUUGGACUGUUUACUAAAUGAUCUCAUUAUUU